AUGCAGCUUCCAUCUUUGACUGCCGCCGUUCUGGCUCUUCAGGCACUCGGCGUCUCCGCUGCUGCCUUGAAAGCUCGUCUCACGCCCCAGCAAAACGACUGCGAUCUUCCUGAAGGCGAUCCACAGGGGGCAGAUUGCAAUUCCACACUGCGCGCCCGACAAGAUGGCAGCAUCCCUCUCGGUCUGACCUCCAUCACCGUCGGCACCGCGACGACCUCGUCCGGAACCAUCGUCCCCAUCUCCGUCCCGUACUCACUCUCCCGCGACCCCAUCGGCCCGCUCAUCGGAAGCGGCACCACGAUCUUUGACUCUUCCCUGAAAAGCGCCACCCUGGUUGCCGGGGACGUGCGCAGUUCGUCGUCGGCGUCCUUCUCCUCGGCCCAAUGCACUUUCUACACCAGCGGCGUGGAUCUUGGGGACGGGAGCGCCGCGUGUGAUGGUGAUGCCGUGGCGUCGGCGUCGACUGACAAUGGCACGAAACUCACCUUUGACGAGGCAGUCAUGUGUAUGACCUGUACCUACUCAUCAUGA